GCGACAACGCGUCGAUCGCCUGUCUGGUGGAGUCGGUUCCGGCGGCGGCCGUCAAUUGGGUGUCGAAGUCGCGCCCAAUGAAGAACAUGUCGUUAAUGACUUUCGGACGACAGAUGAUCAUCAUUAAGGAGGGCUCCGACGGCCCUUUCCAGCGAAGCUCUACCCUAUAUAUUAUGAAUGCGUUGGAAAAGGACGCCGGAAGUUACACGUGCACCGGUAGCAAUAAAGCGGGAACGGUAUCAUCAAAUCUAAGUCUAACAAUACUGAAACGACUGGCCAAUGGGGGUAACUAUACCGGUGAAGAAGUGGCGGGUAUGGUGUUGGGAACGAUAUUCAUAUUUCUGGUCAUAUUUAUCGGCAUUUGUGUUGUGGUGUUGCGAUCAAAGACUCGUUACGAAGACAUGAGUUCCGGCACUCGUGUCACUCAAACGGUGUCCGAAAAUAGGUGUCAAUCAGAUGAACGAAAACUAUUAUCGGUUCACAUGAAUCACAACUCGUAUGUGACAUCAGUGGCCACUACUAACCAUUUGGAGAUGAAAACCAUCGCCAAUAAUGAUAGCAAUCAUCAAAAUAAUGACAAAACCAGUGUUUCUAAUGAAGAAGACAAUUGCGUUAUAAAUACCACCACUUCCUCGACGUCCAGUUCUUCGUCAACGGCUCCUAAAUACCAGUCCCACCAAAGAAAUGAGGAAAUGUUUCGGCGCCGGGCCUCUGAUAUAUCCCAAGAGCUAAACAAACGGUUCAGUCAUCAAAAGCUGGUGAAUGGCGAACACAACAUCUCCUUACGAGACAAUCCUCAGCCAACUGUCCGCUUCUCAAACAACGCUACAAUAUAUAACUACCAGUGCCACAGGUUUGGCCACUCCAUGGAGUCACUCGACAGCGACACCAAUGGCUAUAACCAUAACAAUGGAUAUAAUUAUGCGAAUCAU